GGCGGGUCAGUCUCCGCCGGGCGCUUGGGGGGAUCAGCUGGCGGGCGGGAGGGUGCCGAACGCCGCCGCGGCUCUCGCUGCAGCGCCGCCUCCUCUCCGCGUCGCAGGCCGGUCCGGCGGCCGUGACAAUGUUGCGGGGCUGGUAGCUGGGCGCCGGCUGCCGAGCCAUCUCAAGUUUAAACUUACACGAAUCGCUCUCUUAAGGAGGAGGCGACCGCCGCGCGAUUGACACGCAUAUUCCUAUAGGCAUCCUCCCUCAGCCCCCACCCCCCACGGCCGGAUUCGGGUGGCUCCUCUCCGAGCUGAAAUUCGAGAAGAAAUCCUUGGAUCUCUUGUGUUCUUUAAAAACAAAAAAUCUAGAAACUGUCGGUAUUUUGCUUUGCUGCUUCUUAUUCGCAAUAUGAAGAAGUUUUUCGACUCCCGGCGAGAGCAGGGCGGCUCUGGCCUGGGCUCCGGCUCCAGCGGAGGAGGGGGCAGCACCUCGGGCCUGGGCAGUGGCUACAUCGGAAGGGUCUUUGGCAUUGGGCGACAGCAGGUCACUGUGGACGAGGUGUUGGCGGAAGGUGGAUUUGCUAUCGUGUUUCUCGUGAGGACAAGCAAUGGAAUGAAAUGUGCCUUGAAACGCAUGUUUGUCAACAAUGAACAUGAUCUCCAGGUGUGCAAAAGAGAAAUCCAGAUAAUGAGGGACCUGUCAGGACACAAGAACAUCGUGGGUUACAUUGACUCCAGUAUCAACAAUGUGAGUAGCGGUGAUGUAUGGGAAGUGCUCAUUCUGAUGGACUUCUGUAGAGGAGGCCAGGUGGUCAACCUGAUGAACCAACGCCUGCAAACCGGUUUUACAGAGAAUGAAGUGCUCCAGAUAUUUUGUGACACCUGUGAAGCUGUUGCCCGCCUCCAUCAGUGCAAAACUCCUAUUAUCCACCGUGACCUAAAGGUUGAAAAUAUCCUCUUGCAUGACCGAGGCCACUACGUCCUGUGUGACUUUGGAAGCGCCACCAACAAAUUCCAGAAUCCACAAACUGAAGGAGUCAAUGCAGUAGAAGAUGAGAUUAAGAAAUACACAACGUUGUCCUAUCGAGCACCAGAAAUGGUCAACCUGUACAGUGGCAAAAUCAUCACUACGAAGGCAGACAUUUGGGCUCUUGGAUGUUUAUUAUAUAAAUUAUGCUACUUCACUUUGCCAUUUGGGGAGAGUCAGGUGGCAAUUUGUGAUGGAAACUUCACAAUUCCUGAUAACUCUCGAUAUUCCCAAGACAUGCACUGCUUAAUUAGGUAUAUGUUGGAACCAGACCCUGACAAAAGGCCGGAUAUUUACCAGGUCUCCUACUUCUCAUUUAAGCUACUCAAGAAAGAAUGCCCAAUUCCAAAUGUACAGAACUCUCCCAUUCCUGCAAAGCUUCCUGAACCAGUGAAAGCCAGUGAAGCAGCUGCAAAGAAGACCCAGCCAAAGGCCAGACUGACAGAUCCCAUCCCCACCACAGAGACUUCCAUUGCGCCCCGCCAGAGGCCUAAAGCUGGGCAGACUCAGCCGAACCCAGGAAUUCUUCCCAUCCAGCCAGCCCUGACACCUCGCAAGAGGGCCACGGUUCAGCCCCCACCUCAGCCUGCAGGAUCCAGCAAUCAGCCUGGCCUUUUAGCCAAUGUUCCCCAACCAAAAACCCAGCCCCCACCCAGCCAACCUCUACCACAGUCUCAGCCCAAGCAGCCUCAGGCUCCACCCACCCCACAGCAGACACCUUCCACUCCAGCCCAGGGUCUACCUACUCAGGCCCAGGCCACACCCCAGCACCAGCAGCAACUCUUCCUCAAGCAGCAACAACAGCAGCAGCAGCAGCAGCAGCAGCAGCCACAGCCACCGCCGCCACCACAGCAGUCAGCAGGCACAUUUUACCAGCCGCAGCAGCAGGCCCAGGCUCAGCAGUUUCAGGCAGUACACCCAGCAACCCAGCAACCAGCCAUUGCCCAGUUCCCUGUGGUGUCCCAGGGAAGCUCUCAACAGCAGCUGAUACAGAACUUCUACCAGCAGCAGCAGCAGCAACAGCAGCAACAGCAACAGCAGCAGCAGCAGCAACAGCAGCAACAGCAGCUGGCCACAACCCUGCAUCAACAACAGCUGCUGACUCAGCAAGCCGCCUUGCAGCAGAAGCCUGCUGUGGCAGGAGUACAGCAGCCCCAGGCACAGCCGGCCGCAGCCCCACAGCCACCCCCUGCCCAGGAGCCAGCGCAGAUUCAAGCCCCAGUAAGACAACAGCCAAAGGUUCAGACAACCCCACCUCCUGCCAUCCAGGGGCAGAAACUCGGAUCUCUCACUCCUCCAUCAUCCCCCAAGACCCAACGUGCUGGGCACAGGCGGAUUCUCAGUGACGUAACCCACAGUGCAGUCUUUGGGGUCCCUGCCAGCAAAUCAACCCAGCUGCUCCAGGCAGCUGCAGCUGAGGCCAGUCUCAAUAAGUCUAAGGAUGGGAACCUACCUAGGUCUGCAACCACCACUCCAUCAGGCUCUCCGCGGACCUCUCAGCAGAAUGUUUAUAAUCCUUCGGAAGGUUCUACAUGGAAUCCCUUUGAUGAUGACAAUUUCUCCAAACUCACAGCUGAAGAACUGCUAAACAAGGACUUUGCCAAGCUGGGAGAAGGCAAACAUCCUGAGAAGCUUGGAGGCUCAGCUGAGAGUUUAAUCCCAAGCUUUCAGCCAACCCAAGGUGACGCUUUUGCCACUUCCUCCUUUUCUGCUGGAACUGCUGAAAAAAGGAAGGGUGGGCAGACUGUGGAUUCUAACCUCCCACUUUUAAGUGUAUCUGAUCCUUUCAUUCCUCUUCAAGUACCUGAUGCACCAGAAAAACUAAUUGAGGGACUCAAAUCUCCUGACACUUCUCUUCUGCUCCCUGACCUCUUGCCUAUGACAGAUCCUUUUGGUAGCACUUCCGAUGCUGUAAUUGAAAAGGCUGAUGUUGCCGUUGAGAGUCUCAUACCAGGACUGGAGCCCCCGGUGCCCCAGCGCCUCCCAUCUCAGACGGAAUCUGUGACCUCGAACCGCACAGACUCUCUCACUGGGGAAGAUUCCCUCAUCGAUUGCUCUCUGCUCUCUAACCCUACUACUGACCUUCUGGAAGAGUUUGCCCCCAUAGCAGUCUCUGCUGCAGCCCAUAAAGCUGCAGAAGAUAGUAAUCUCAUCUCAGGUUUUGAUGUCCCUGAGGGCUCGGACAAAGUGGCAGAAGAUGAGUUUGACCCUAUUCCUGUAUUGAUAACCAAAAACCCACAAGGUGGGCACUCUAGAAACAGCAGUGGGAGCUCUGAGUCCAGUCUUCCCAACCUAGCCAGGUCUUUACUGCUGGUGGAUCAGCUCAUAGACCUGUAGCCGAGACCCAGUAGCAGAUGCAGUUCUGUAACCUUCAUACCGUAAUAUACAUUUUCGUUACGGAAUUAUGAGAAAAAUGAUUUUUUAAAAAUCUGAAAAUAAGGGGCCCUCUAGCCCUUAUCUCCUACCCCUUGCCUUCUCCUGUAGAAACGAUAAGGAAAGAAAAUCACUUUGGCCCUCCAGGUAGUCCUUGGCCAGUUCCUCCCUGUCAGUUUGCUGUGUUUUCUCAUUACCCUUCUUCAAUAGCAUUAUCUUAAAUCAAGCGCUAGAUGCCAUGAGCUUCACCUCUGCUGGAAUCAACUCCACCAAAAGCUUAACUGUAACUGAAACUAGUGAAUUGACAUCUUUGCCUCAUUCUUGCUAGGAAUGGCCUCCUAAAUCAAUCCUCCCAACCCGUCUCCUUUGGCCAGAUGCUGAUGAGUGUGUUUCUCUGUUUUUGUUUUUAUCCUGCUGCAUCAUUAUGAAGACAUGGCUUCUUCAGUUGGUCUUAACUCUAGGCAGUAGCCCGGAGAUGGGUGUGUGGUUUAAGAGAGGGUAAAACUGACUGACUGAUGGUACAUGUUUGAAAAGAGAAAGUGAGCCCAGCUCUAGCCAACCAACUCUGACCUUGACUUAGCCAAGGGAUUUUCCACCCCAUGCAACCUGCCCAGCAUUCGUCCAGCAAUCUGGCUUCCAUUGAAGUGUGAUCUCAGAUCUGGAGACGUGACUGCAAGUACUUGAGAUCCUUGGAUAAAAUGUGUACAUUAUAUAAAUCCCAAGUAUUGCCAUGCCUUUUCAUGUUAACUGUCCCAAGCCAGGAUCUCAGAAUCAGACCAAAACAAGACAAUGGUGGUAAUAUGAUACCUUUUAUUAGAAGACUUUUCACUGGGGGGUGGAUGGGGGAGGGGAAGGAAUUGUAGCAGAAACAGAUGUAUUUUUCUUGUGAUUUUUAUUUUGAAUCAAAUAUUGUAAAUUGUGUAUAAAUGAAGACGCUGAAUAGUUGUUUCCACUUGGCGUUUCAAGUUCGAUAUCAGGUGUCUGUACAGGGUUUUGAUCUCUUUUCCUUGUCUAACUACACAGCAAUCGUACAGUGUAACAUAUGGAAUCAUUUUGAGUAGACUUGUGUGUUGCUAUAAGCUUUCAAACAGGUCCUCUGUCUUUGUAGAUUAAGCAUGUUGUUUAUUUUCAGAUAAUCAAUAAGUAUGCUGACGAGCUAGGCACAAUGAGACUGGCUACUUACCUUUCUUCCUCUCUGAUGUUUAAAUUGGAAGAUACAGCCAGUGAAAUAUGUUAGUUGGUUUUCUUUGGCUUCCUAGAUUAAAAAAAAACAACAAAAAAAACAACGAAGCCUAGCUCCUCACUAACCUUAGAAUAUUGUUCAUAAAAUAAAUAAAGGGCCCUGCGCUGACAUGACAACAUGCCUCAUGGUCACCUUCUGUAUAUGUCCUUAUGCACUGAAGUGUAUUUUUUUCCUUACUUGGAAAGCAAUUUUUUAAAGUUACCCCUGUGAAAAGAGGCAGGCACAGAAAGCCCCACCGUGGCCCCUUCCUUGAGUGCCGUCUUCCGCCAUCAGAAGGGAAACUCUUAAUUAUAAGAUUUGUACAAAUAAAAUUCCAAGUCCACUUGCUUGUUUCUCUAUCUAGUACAUUUGUUUCUUCUUCCUCACGUUUGCACUUUAAGGGGAAAGGAAAAGCUGAACAGCAACGACAGUCUGCAAAACACUGCACCUCGGAGGUCAAGCUUUGACCCCAGCAACGUGCGAGCAGCCUUUGAAAGGCAUCAGAGGAAAAGUCUGAAUCUUUCAGUCUUCCUUCUGACUUUAAAUACUUCCCGUGCCAGCCGAAACUAGAUGAGCUAAGUAAAGGCCUCUGUGAGGAUAUGGAUCAUUUCCAAAUUGAGGGAGGCACAACCUUCCCGCUGAGGAUUAAAAAAGGCACCCUUGAAGAGCUCUCCGUGAUUGGAUAGCAGUGAAAAUGGGACUUGGUUUCCCCCCUUAUGGACAGGAAUAUUAUUGAAGGUCAAAAUUGUAUUCUUUUUCCUGGACAUAGAAAGAAUGUAUAAGCUAAUGAAGGAAAUGUUUAUUUUUAAAUAAGAAUAAUUGUAUGCCUAUGUUUUCCAAUUUGAUUUUUUUCAUGCAUACAUCUUAGAAAUAUAAUGAAAUAUGUAGUUUCUCGAAACCAUGAAGUAUACAGUCUAGAAAUUAGGUGUCUCUAAAUUGUUCCUUUGGUGCAUUAUCCGUAAUUACAUUGAUAUAUAUUAUCUAGUCAUCUGGCUCAAUAAAGCUUAAUGGAGACUGUUAAUGAAAAGAACAGACUAGAAGCCAGAGAUUGGGUGGAGGAGGCCUGAGGGAAAUAAUAGCAUGAAAUUCUUUAGGAGUAGGGCCUCAAAAGGGAAAACUAUUUUUGUGUUAAAGCAUACAAAUGAGUGACUCAGUGAAUGAGGCCUUUUGGUGUAUAGCAUCAUCCCUGAGCUAAGAGAGUUUAUUUGAGAUGAGUGUAGUGUGCUGAUAAUUGAUAGACCUAUGAAACUAUAGACUGAGCUAUAAGAGGGACCUAGAGACCAUCUUCUGGUCCAUCCACUUCAUUUUACAGGUGUAGGACCUGAGGCAGGGUAGCAGAAGAAGAGGCCCAGGCAAGGUAGGCCACCUGGGAUUUCAUCCAGACCUCUGCCAGUAACUGUCUGAAUGACAUUCAGCAGGUGCAUCACUUCUCAGAGCUGCUGCUCUUGUUUGUACAAUGAUGAGUUUGGACUAGGUGGUCUUUAAGAUUAUAGAAUUCUAGGGUUCUAAGUAUAUAUUAUUAUGCUUUGGGAGGACUGUGAAGGAUUUAUAUAUCCUGAUGUUCUUCAGUUAUCUAAUGUAAUUCUUACUAUUAUAUAGCAGUAUCGACAUUUUAGAGAAUUAUAAUGGACUUUUACUAACCUAGGUUGCUCUUUCUUGGUUAUCUGAAUAGAAGCCUAAAUGGUCACAGAGUUUUGGACAUAGAUGUUCCUUUUUUUAGUCCCCCCACUCCCCGUGUGUUUCUCUCAUACACACACACAAACAUACAGUACAACAAAACAGUAUCGGAUUUCAAUUCUUUUAAAAAUGUUUAAUCAAUGAUCUGCUAUUUAAAAAUGGACAAAUACUAAGAGCAUGUUUCUGAUUUGCUUUUAUUUCAACUGUACAAGAUUGUAGCUAUACCAAAAAAACAUGAUUUUUUUUUUACCCUUUAGAGCAUUCAAAUAACUAGAUUGCUAAAUUCAAGUCCUAACGUUUUAAAAGACACAGGCCUCAGAGGAGAUAAGGUUUAAAUGGGCACUUAUAAAUAUGGUUAUAAUUAAUGAUUACUUACUUUAGCAGGCAUGUCAGAAUUUUGACAUCUAAUUGAUGUUCCCUUCAAAGGCAUCUAGUUUUACUUGAGAAGCUAAUACUUAUUCUAAUGAUGCUGCCAUCAUUUAAGUUACUUUGAAACUCCUGUUCUUAGAAAUAACAUCAAGGAAGGUAAUAAGGUAUUAAGAAAUCCAUUGUACUGUUAUCUAAUUAGUAUUGCUUUUAGCAUCUGAAAGUAUGUUCCCUUUCUUGAUCUACUUUUUCUACCACUCUUGGUUCUGUGUAACAUUUAGCUAUUUUUAAAAGCAAAAUCACCACCCUAAGAUGAAAAGUGGUUACUACUGAAGGUAGUAAAAAAAAAUUCACAGAACGUACCUUAUAAAGUGACAUGAUCAUUCUUAAUUUCUUUAAUAUUCUGAAUAAGGGAAUGUCUGCAAUUUUGCCCUUUAAUAUGGUUUAGAAAGUUGAAAGAUAGGUGUUUUAAAAUACCUCUGAAACAGGUUAUCACUUUGUUCGGUGUCAUUUGAUAUGGGACUUAGCUCAUCCUAAAUUAGAGUUAUAGAACUUGGAUUGCUAAUAAUUAUAGGGGAACAAACACAAAAAAGAACCUGUGUUUCUCCAGAUGGAAUGUUAAUUUUAUUUAUACUACUUUUUCCCACUCUCCUGGCAGACAAUCGAUCAUUUUGAUUCAAACCAACCCAGUCUUCCCCUAGAUGAGAAAGUUUUCCUUCAGCAGUGCUGUGGGAAGCAGGGGACCUUUGGAGCUGACCUCAGCCCAGAGGUAUGGAGGGAUCUGAGUUCAGCCGAACAAAUGCAUGCUCUAAAUUGGUUGGACCAAAAUAAAGUUCCCAUGAUGAUGAUCUCCAGGAGACUUUAAGUUUCUCAGUCUAUAAGGUUAUCAGGAUCUUAUAGCCACUAACUUAGAAUUUGAGGAUAAAAAUGACAGGAUUGCUUCAGUUUAAAUUAAAAAAAAAAAAAAAAAGACAGGAUUGCCCCAAA